AUGGAAACGCAUGUACUACUGGGAACGAGCAAGCCACGGCCUGGCGAGUUUGCGCUACCACGCGGGAACAUAGGAAGACCCAGGCUGGCCGCCCCAGCGCUUACGUCGACGUCGGAGGCCGGAACGAGCGCGACGACGGCCUCCGGGACCUUUGCCAACGGAGGGGCGGCGUUCAAGAUGCAUCGCUGCCCCAUAUGCUCGUAUACAACGACCGACGUCAGCCACCUCAAUUACCACAUGCGCGCUCACAUGGGCGACAAACCUCACUCAUGUCCGCACUGCCCAUACAGAGCGGCCAAGAAAACACAUCUUCAAAACCACAUAUUGAUCCACACAGGCGAGGAGCCCUUCGCCUGUGCCCUGUGUCCAUAUCGGUCAAAGCAGAAAGGAAAUCUCAAACGACACGUCCUCACGAAUCACACAAUAGGAAAGAAAUGA